GGCCAGCGGAAGCGGCGGCAAUCGCCAAUGCUUUGACUGUGGACAAAAAGGUCCAACUUACGUCAAUAUGACCAUUGGAUCGUUUGUCUGCACUCGCUGUUCCGGAGUACUGUAAGUUUCAUUUCAACCAUAUAUUUUACCUUAGAAACAGUAAGUACUAUUAUUAUCUUGUGUUAUUCAGAGCUUGGUUCAAAAUUGCAAACCACAAAUUCACAUGAGCAUAAAACAUACGUGUCGUCGCAGUCUACAUACGUUCUCUUAGUUAAAAUAUUACCCCAUUAUUUUUAAGGACUUGUCUCGUCUGCUCCUUAAAACAACACUUAAUUAUAUCCUCGCAGGAAGUCGAAAGUUUUCUUAUAUGGUUUAAUGGCUGUGCAUAAUAUUUUCUGCACCAGAGUAGAAAUUAGAAAGUACUUUUGCGUAUAUAUUUAGUUAUUUCGUAUAUAGCUCGUCAUCAUCCAACCUCUGCUCUUAUAAAAUACAGCCCCUUUUUUUUUACCGUAUAUAAAUGCUAAAGCUGAAGCUUCAUAAUAAUUAAUUCCGGUUGUAGAUUUUCUAAAUCCGCCUCUAACAUAUACCUACUGGAGGUUUAGUGGUAGAAAAUAAUGAUGGUUUCUGUGGUAUGGUAUAUGGCGGGUGCCGCACCGCCCGAUGCACAUGCGGUAGACAUCCGUCGUCUACUAAAAGUUUAUCAUAUCAGGGGCGGUAAGUGUCACAGUCGCACGUCUAUAAUACUCGUAAGUCUUCAUUAAUUUGAUAUAGAAGCGUUGAAACUGCUUUGCUAGUAGCGCGUCUAACGUUAACCAUCGCAACUCUACGUUUUUCUAACUGAAAAUUGCAUCUAAACUCUAAGAUCACUGUUUUUUUGUGGGUAAUUUUGAGUGAAAAUCAUUUUAACUUGGUUAUAAACAUUCGUCGUCGUCGUCUCGGUCUUGGUCGUUUGUGGUUUGAGACUCAUUGUGCCCGUGAUACUUAAAGUCUAUCUUGAAGUUUCUCUAGAAAAAAUCAAGUUGCAGUUUAUUUUCAUUUCUAAGUGCAUUGUUUAGUUAGGUUUUUUGUUCGUAUUUUUUUUUUUGCGUCAUUUACGUGAAGUGUCAGCACCUAUACACCAACCUACAAAAAUAAAAAAAAUAAUUAAGUGGAAAACUAUAGUUUCUUUUAUUUCUAAUAGCGAAUGUGAUACUUUUAAACGUAAAUAAAACAAAAAAAAAGAUACAAUUGUAGCUUGUAUUUACCACCUCGUCGUUAUAUGAGGUUAAGAGGAUUAAAUUUCUUUGUCAUCCAUCAAGCUUCAGAGAGAAACACUUUGUGGACGAGGUCUAACACCACCACAUCGUGUCAAAUCCAUAUCGAUGGCCACUUUCACUCCAGACGAAAUUGAAUUCCUUAAAUCACAUGGCAACGAGACAUGCGCCAAAACUUGGUUAGGUUUGUGGGAUCCCAAGCGAGCAGUGCACCAAGAUCAGCGUGAAUUGAUGAUAGACAAAUACGAGCGUAAACGUUACUUCUUGGAGCCAGCUAGUCCGCUCAAGUCGCUGCCGAAUGCAGCGAAAUUGACACCAUCUUCGAAUAAUAAUAACUCCUCCUCCUCCUUGGCCACGCACAGUAACAAUAAUAUUAAUAAUAAUUUAAAUAAUAACAAUACUGGUCUUAGCAGCAAUGGAGGAGUAGGAAACAUACAAGCUAUGAACCAAAAAAAUACCGCCCUGGAUAAUGGUUUCCAGAAUAUCUCCCUUACACCACCAUCGUCACGAUCUAAUGGCAAUGGCAAUAUUAAUGGUUAUGGUCCGUCGGCCAUCAGUCGGCCAAAUCAUCAACAACAGCAGCAACCACAACAACAAAAUGGUCAUCAUCACUAUGACGCAUUCUCGAACGGUUUAAAUGGCUUGAGUAGUCUAACAAAUGGCAAUACGAAAUUGAGCUUCAAUGGUUCAUCGUCAACUGCGAAUUCGGAGACUAGCAGCUGUAAUAGCAAUGGAUUUACACCCGAAUCAGACUUUGUGGCUGAUUUUAGUUCGGCGACUAUAUUCGAUGCAACGUCAACUAAUUCGGUGGGUUCAUCGGGAUCGGGAGGUUCUUCUUCGAAUGGAUAUGCAAAGAUUCAGUCAAUUAAUGCAGCGGCGCACAUGAUGAAUGGCAAUGCUGUUGGCCCACUUAUGAAUGGAAAUGGCAAAGUGCAAAAUGGUAAUGGCGGUGGCGGUGGGGGAUUUGCGACGCCAACAAAUGGCAAUUCGGAGAAUUUUGCUGAUUUCGAUCAUGCUCCGAUCUUUAAUGCAGCUGAAUUCAAUAGUAAAACAACAACUAAUAUUGCCAACAACCUACAACAACAACAACUUAAAACCAACAACAACCGCAACAACAAUAAUUAUCUUUUUUUCGCACCAACACCUAAUCAACAACAACAAUUACUUCAGCAACAACAACAACAACAAAAACAAACAAAUUUCUAUUCAAAUACAAUGUUCGAAAUAAGUAACGACUUCAAUUCAAUAUCACUCUUUAGUGGCAAUAGUUCCCAAGAUAAUGACGACCUCACUAGAAAUAGUAGUUUAGGUAAAAAUAUUUUCAACAAAUGUUCCAACAACACUAGUUCCAUGGCCUAUAAUCCCUAUAAUACCAACAACAAUAAUGGAAAUGCACCAAACAGCAGUCUCAGCAGUACCAGUUACACCUGUAAUAACCCUUAUAAUGGCCAACAACAAAAAUUCACCCCCCUGGCAAUGGCAGCCCAUGCAACGGCCAUGGCUGUCCUUGGUCACAAUAGCAGCAGUCUCAAUAGCAUCAACAGUCCUUUCGGUAUUCAAUCGAGUGAAUGGGGAGAACCAGAUACGUGGCAACAGCAGCAACAUCAGGACUCGUCGAUAACAGCAUCUCAACAACAGCAGCAGCAGCAAUGGCCAGGAUUGUCAAGUGUCUCGAAUAACAACGUUAACAAUAACAAUGCGACGAUGUCGUCGUACAAUCAUCCCCUGGCGAUAAGUGUUGUCGGUGGUGGUGGUGGUGGUGGUGUUGGUAGUGCCUCAAUUGAGGCUGAUUCCGAUCCAAGCCAUCAACGUUCGAAUCGAAAUAGUUGGAGUCUUCCAAUAUCAAAUUCAACAACAAGUAAUUCCCUCUCCUCAUCGAGUGCCACAUUCAAUUCAAGUUCAUCAUUAGCUGCAUCUCCACCAGCGGAUAGAUAUGCAGCCUUAAAGGAUCUCGAUGAACAACUGCGUGAGAGUAAAGCAGUAGCAGCUGCUGCAGCAGCAGCUGUAGCUACAUCUGUUGUUGAUUCUUUUGGAGGUACACAAAACAACCCCAAUGCCAAUCCUUUCAAGACUGUUGUCAAUUCACAUCAAACACCACAAAUUGCCAAUCCCUUUCAAGCAAAUCCAUCACAACAAAAUCAAGGAACGACGAAUCUUUUCGGUGGUCUGCCACCACAAAAUCAACAACAACAACAACAUAAUGGUCUUACAAAUGGUUUUAUUGGUGGAAUUCCAGUUCAACAACAACAACAACAACAGGCUUUCUAUAAUUAUGCAAAUGGAUUUGGAGUUGUACCACAAACAACAAAUCUCUAUUCAGCUGGUCCGAAUGGUUGUGGUUUUGGUUUUGGAACUAUGCAACAACCAAUUUCAAAUGGUGGUGGAGCAGCUUUUAAUAAUCCUUUUGCUGCAACUGGAACUCUUAAUUCGAACAAUCCAUUUUUAUGAAAUACUAUUCAAGGCAAAUCAUCACAAAUAUAAAUACACUUAGUUUUUAACAUUUUACUAAAAUUGUAAAAUGAUUAAUUAUAAAAAAAAAUUGACUAAAAAUAAUGAAAAUGAAAAUAUAAUAAGAAUAACAAUAAACUUAAACAAAAAAAAAUGAAGAAAAACAGCUGCUGAAUAGUGAUUAUAGGCUUGGUCCGAAUAAACAGAACUUUUAUUAUCCAAAAAAAGGAAAAAAAAAAAAAAACAAACAAAAGCGUUUCGAACAUAAAAAUAUUUACUUUUUCUGGCCUUCAGCUUAGAGUUAUUUCGAAAUAAUUAUAUUGUUUUCGGUUUCAGAAAAUAUGUAUGUACCAUAACAAUUUUUAUUUUUUAAUAAAAGAAAUCGAAAAAACAUAAACAAAAAACAUUGUAAAUCUAAAAAAACGUAAAACACAAAAUCGUUUCAAAUUGAAACAUUCAAUUAGAUAUUUAAAAAAAAAAAUAAUAUCACCGUUUGCGACAUUGAAUA